AAUCAACGAAGGAUAACAAAACAAAACAAUAACUAGAAAAAAAAAAAAAAAAAACUAUCAUCAGUGAAGAAAACUAAUCUGAUUAGCCACUCUAAACAAUUAAGAGAUGGACAACAAGCAAGAGAAGCAAGAUCAAAUAGGCAGAGACGAGAUUCUCAAGAAGAUAAGGGAUUCAUUGGGACAAGACGGUGUACCUUCAAAAACUGUCCUCGUUGGUGAAGCUGGUAUAGGGAAGACAUGGCUUGCAAAACAAGUUGCUCAAGAAAAGUCUUCUAGUUACAAUGUCCUCUGGUUACAUCUAAACAAAAGGAUUGAAGACGAAAAGUCGCUUUACGAGAAUCUAGCUGCUCAGUUGUCGAUAAUUUACGAGUUUGAAGAAGGCGAAGAACCUGAGGAGUUUGAUUAUUCAUUGGAGAGCUUGAAAGAGAAGAUUACAGACUGGAUGAUCAAAAACAAGAAGGAUAAUCUUCUGUUGAUUUUGGAUGAUGAAGGAAGUAUGACAACUGAAAAACAUGUAAUGGAAGAGAUAUAUCUUCAAGAGUUUUCGACACCCGGUACCAAAAAGAUAAAUCUCCAAGAUUUUCUUAAGGGAUACUCGACUGUGAAGACUCUAGUCACAAGAAGAGAUGAACGAGAGGAGAAAGAAUCGACAACGAUCAAAGUCGGUCCGCUUACAGAAAAGGAGUCACUGAAAUUACUCCACGAUGCCGAGGGCUUACUUGCAUCAGCAUCAUUUACCACUGAAGAUUGGUCGGUUCUGCUGCAGAGACUUUGCGAUAACGGAGAGAUCAAAGAAUCUUCUUUGAUGUCUUGCAUUUUGAGCAAGAGCAAGGGCUUACCAGCUGCGAUCGUUGUCUUAGUCAAGUCUUUAAAAAGCAUCAAGUCGUUGUCUGCGAAGCAGAGGAAGAUCUUUGAAGAACUGAUUCUAUCAUCCAAGUCAUUAGAUGCAGCUGCUGCUUCCAAGAACGCUAAAGAUUGCAGCCGCUACAAUCCUGUCUACAAUCCUGUCUACAAUCCUGUCUUGCGAUUAUGCUACGAGCUGUUAAAGCCUGACGAGACUGUCAAACGUCCGGUCAUUGCUUGCUUUUGGCAUAUCCUGGACUUCUACAAGUACUCUGGAUGCGCUUACUACCGCGACCUAAUCGUGCAUUGGAUGCUUGAAGGGUAUUUUGAUCCGGUGAAGUCGGUUGAGAAAGCUUACCAGGAAGGACAUUCCAUUUUAAUGGACUUUAUGGACAGAGGAAUCUUGAAGAUACAAGAAGACAACAUGGUAGUUCCAGAGUUUUCUAUGAACAACCUAUUAGAUCUUCAAGAUUGUGGAUUCUUUGGAAGAUCUUCUCUUGGAUUUGACAGAGUUUACGGUGGAGACAAGAGAAAGGGGCUUGGAAAAAUCAUCUUGAUCGACGAUAUGAUACAGACAAUUCAAUCGAAGAAGAAGAAUAUCACGACGAUUAUCGCUAGCGGAAAUCGUUUACGCAGAGAGGUUCCUGGGAAGUUCUUUGAGAGACCAGAGAUGCAAGAUCUUGAAGUUGUUGUCCUCUUUGAGCCAACGUUCCACGAACUUGUUCAGUCUUUAUCUAAGCUAAAGAAACUCCGAGUACUCGUGAUCAGAGACUGCGAUCUAAUCGAUAACAUCGAUAAGCUCACGGGUCUUGAAGGCCUACAUGUUCUUGAAGUCUCUGGUGCUAGUUCUCUAGUUAACAUCCCUGAUGAUUUCUUCAAGAACAUGACUCAGCUUCAAAGUAUUAACCUUUCGGGACUAGCAAUCAAAUCUUCGCCUUCUACAAUCGAAAAUCUAAGCAUGCUCCGUUGCUUCAUCCUAAGACACUGCUCUGAGCUACAAGAUCUGCCUAAUUUCAAUGUGGAAACAAAAAAACUGGAAGUUAUCGACAUUCACGGAGCUCGGAAACUUGAGUCUUACUUCGAUAGAGUUAAAGAUUGGAAGGACUAUAAAGGAAAGAACAAGAACUUCGCUCAUCUUCAGCAGCUCGAACACUUAGACUUCUCGGAGACUAAAAUCAUCCGUCUACCGAUAUUUCAUACUAACGAUUUCAGGACUAUGCCAAUCUUGACCCGGCUCUUACUGCGAAACUGUACAAGGCUUAAGAGAUUGCCACAGCUUAGGCAUUUGACUAAACUUCAGGUUCUUGAUGCAUGUGGUGCUACAAGCUUAGUGGAGAUGCUUGAAGUGUGUUUAGAGGAGAAGGAAGAGCUUAGGAUCCUUGAUAUUUCAAAGACAAGUCUUCCCGAGUUAGCCGACACGAUCGCUGAUGUUGUCCAUCUCAAUAAGCUUCUAAUAAGGAACUGCUCCCAGAUUGAAGAGCUUCCAAGCAUUGAGAAACUUACACACCUUGAGGUUUUCGACGUUUCUGGUUGCAAUAAGUUGAAGAAGAUCGAUGGAUCCUUUGGGAAGAUGUCUUACCUCCACGAAGUGAAUAUUUCAGAAACGAAUCUUGCUGAGCUACCUGACAAAAUCUCAGAGCUAUCUAACCUCAAGGAGCUCAUCAUAAGAAACUGUACCAAGCUAAAAGCUCUUCCAAAUCUUGAGAAGCUAACACAUCUUGAGAUCUUCGAUGUUUCGGGCAGCACCGAGUUGGAAACAAUCGAGGGAUCAUUCGAGAAUCUGUCAUGCCUCCACAAAGUGAAUCUUUCGGGAACUAAUCUCUGUGAGUUACCUAACAAAAUCUCCGAGCUAUCUAACCUUGAAGAGCUCAUCGUAAGAAACUGUACCAAGCUAAAGGCUCUUCCAAAUCUUGAGAAGCUAACACAUCUAGAGAUCUUCGAUGUUUCGGGAUGCACCGAUCUGGAUAAAAUCGAGGGAUCAUUCGAGAAUAUGUCUUACCUUCGCGAGGUUAAUCUCUCUGGGACGAAUCUGAAAACGUUUCCAGAGUUGCCAAAACAGAGCAUCCUCUGUUCUUCAAAACGUAUUGUGCUCGCGGAUUCGAGUUGUUUAGAGCGAGACCAGUGGAGCCAAAUAAAGGAGUGUUUAAAAAUGAAGUCAGAGGGCUCUAGCUUCUCUAAUGUAGCAGAGAAAACCCGCGAGAAACUUCUUUAUCACGGAAAUAGAUACAGAGUUCUUGAUCCUGAAGUUCCUUUGAAUAUCGAUAUCGUUGACAUCAAAAGAGCCACUGAUCUUAAAACAGAGUCUUUCGCCAAUGCAGAGUAUGUCUCUAUAGCAGAGAAUGGAUCGAAAAGCGUAUCCUCGAUCUUCGACGAGUGUCAGAUGAGAUCGGUAAAAGGUUGCUGGGUAGAGAGGUGCAAGAACAUGGAUGUUCUCUUCGUAUCAGAUGAACAACAAGAGAAAGAGAAAUCAUCAUCAUUAUCAUCCUUGGAGAAUCUUUGGAUCUCAAAUCUUCCAUUACUAACAAGCUUAUGCAGUAGCAAAGGAGGAUUCAUCUUCAAGAACCUAAAGAAGCUAAGCGUAGAUUGUUGUCCAAGGAUCACAUCGCUCUUCCCUGAGAUUCCUGAUAACCUUGAGAUUCUUCGUGUGAAGUUCUGUGAUAAGUUGGAGAGAUUGUUUGAAGUAGAAGCAGGAGAAUUAUCGAAGCUUCGUAAGCUUCAACUUCUUGAUUUGCCUGUCUUAUCGGUGCUUGGAGCUAAUUUCCGGAAUCUGGAGAAAUGCACAAUUGAGAAAUGUCCGAAAUUGAAAGCUAGACAAGAUGAAGUAACAAGGAGGACUACAGAUGAAAUUUCAGAGGAUCAUCAGCCUCACAACAAGACUAUUGGGCCUGAAACCCAAACUCCUACUCAGCCCACAAAAGAUACAGACACAACAGUUUAACAUCAUCUCAUCUCUCUGUGUUCUUCUUCUUCACACGACGUAGAAAUAAAAUUUCCGCUGAUUUUAUGUUAUCUCACCGUAAAUGUCUAAAUAAUGAUCAAAGUCUUCAACUUUGACAGAGCCUUGUGUUGUACGAAACUUUAAAAAAUGUGAACUUUGUGUUGUGUU